CGAACGAUAAAAUGGCCUCCGUCGAGGACGCGGGCGCGAGCCCUUCGACUCGCGAGCGCGACGACGCGAACGCGAGCCGCCUCGCGAAGCGCCAGCGCGUCGUCGUCGCCGCGGACCGCGCGCCCGAGUCCUCGAAAGACGAGGCUUAUCGCCAACGUCCGUCUUCGUCUACGACGCGGACGCUCGCGCGCGUCUGGCGCGUCCCCCCGGGGUCGCCGCCGCCGCUCCUGUCGAAGGAGCCCAGGGCGUCGGAGAGCGCGAGCGACGGCGCGGAGGGCGCCGGCGCCGGCGGCGGCGACGCCGGCGGCGGCGGCGGCGCGGCCGCCGGCGACGACGCCGACGCCCCCGCGGACGAGAUGGACGGCGACGAGGCGUUCGCGCGUAAGCUCCAGGAGGAGGAAAACGCGCGGUGGCGCGCCGAGCGCGAACGCGCCGCGGAACGCGCCGCGGAGUGGCGCCGCUCGCAGGAAGCGCUCGAGGCGACGCUCGCGGAGGUGGACGACGAGUUCGGCGACUCCGACGACGACGGCGACGACGACGACGACGCGAACGGGUUCGACCUCGAGAACGCGCUCGCAGACGCCGCGGCGGGCGCCGGCGGCGGCGCCGGCGGCGGCUCCGCGGACCCUGAACGCGCCGCGAGGGACGCGCGACGACGGACGACCGCCGCGGCGAGACGCGCGCGAGUGAUGCAACUCCACCAGAUCAUGGGCGCGCUGCAUCAGCGCGUGUACGCGCUGCAAGGUGUCGCGGGAGCGCGGCCGGAGAUCGCCGCGCUCGCGAUGAGCGACAGGGACUUCGACGAGGACGACUACGAGAGGCUGCUCGCGCUGGACGACGACGUGAAACGACGCGGGGUGUCCGCCGCCGCGCUCGCGCGCAUCCCGGUGUUUCAGUGGAAGGAGAAUGGGGAGGAGGAAGCGACCGCGGUCGAGGGCGCGACGGCGCCGGGACCAGGUCCGGGACCGGGACCCUCGGAGGACGCGCCGGCGCCGGCGCCGCCGCCGGCGAAGAAGGCGGUUCGCGUCUGCGAGACGGACGCGAGGUGCGCCGUGUGCCUCGAGACGUACGUCGCCGGGGAUGCGCUCCGCAGGCUGCCGUGCCUGCACGCGUACCACAAGGACUGCGUCGACCAGUGGUUCGCGCGCAGCGUGGAGUGCCCGGUGUGCAAGCACGACGUGAACCAAGACGACGUCGCGGCGUGAGCGACGACAGACGCCGAAAACCAAACGCGAGGGACGCGUUCAUUCUUUCUCUUUCUCUUCGCUGAAGAUGUUGUACGAGUACGAUGUACCGAGUAGCCUACGUCUCCGACGCCGUCGGAAUUUUAUACGAGACGAGUGUACCAUC